AACGUCAAUCAAAUAAUGUCGGCCUGAAACAAUAAGUCGAUGAUAAAAAUGGUUGCCUUUAAAUUUUCCUUUCCCUGUUAUUAUAGGGAUGUUAUAUAAAGCGGUUACUUUUGCAAAACUUCGCUGUAAUGAGUCAUUUUCAAGCAUUUGCGGCUCACUCGACGAUUAGCUCGCCAUGCGCACGCGAACAUGCUCCGGCGUUGGCGAUUGAUUAGUUUUGCCUGUAAAUGCAGGAGCAAAAAAAAAAUGGUAGCUGAUACUUAAAUCGUGUUUCCUGUUGAGCAAUUGACAGGAUAACUGAGAGACGUGAUGGUGAAGGCGAGGGGCUUCGCUCCAUGCCAUGUGUGAUGUUUGGCCAGGGGCUCGCAGACAGCCGCGGCUGCGGGCGCCGCUAGACGGAGCAGCAGGUCUGCUCUGUGACGGUCCGGCCGGCCCCGUCUGCUCUGGGACGUUAUCGAGAACUGUAACCUGUAAAUAUUCUGAUUUGUUGUUGCUGCUGCUCGGUAACAACAGCUUGACACGGGGCUGUACACUAAUUGCAGGUUUGCUUCACGGCUGCUGUGCUACAGAAUGUAGGGAGGCGUCUUAUACCCAUGUUUUUGCAAAUGACAAUGGAGGAAAUGACCCAGUCAGACCUGGACAACACUAAGCUGGAGUCCGUAGCUCAUGACAUCCUGAUGGAUUUGGUAGAGGAUGCCUGCCUGGGUCUGUGUUUUGAGGUCCACCGUGCUGUCAAACAGGGAUAUUUCCUCCUGGAUGAAACUGAUGUGGAGAGCAUGAAAGACUUUGAAAUCGUGGACCAGCCCGGAGUCGACAUCUUCGGCCAAGUUUAUAACCAAUGGAAGAACAAGGAGUGUGUGUGUCCCAACUGUGAGCGCAGCAUUGCCGCUUCCCGCUUCGCCCCGCAUCUGGAGAAGUGCCUGGGCAUGGGUCGCAACAGCAGCCGCAUCGCCAGCCGCAGAAUAGCCAGUAGCAAUAAUGUGAACCGAUCAGAAAGUGACCAAGAGGACAACGAUGACCUGAAUGAUAAUGACUGGUCGUAUGGAUCUGAGAAAAAACCCAAGAAACGAAAAUCGGACAAGAACUCAAAUUCGCCUCGAAGAUCAAAAUCAUUGAAGCAUAAAAAUGGAGAACUUGGUAGCCAUUUCAGUGCUGAUCAGUACAGGUACCAUUGUAACUCUGGAAUAAAUUAUGAAACUUUGGGACCAGAUGAGCUGAGAUCACUCUUAAUGACGCAAUGUGGGGUGAUAUCCGAGCACACCAAGCGGAUGUGCACACGGUCUCUGAAGUGUCCCCAGCACACAGAUGAACAGAGGAGGGCUGUCCGGUUCUCCCUCUUGGGGCCAGCUGCGCUGGCACUGCCAGAUGGAGACGCGGUAGUAGAGAGCGACGGCUACGAAGCUAUCGACAGGCAGCAGGUGCCGAUUGGCCGGUUGCACUGGGGUGGGUCGUCAGACGUCUCCCCCUCUGACUCGCCCUCCUCUAAAGCUAGUGAGUUCUUUGGUACCAACAAUUCAGUCUCCAAAAAGCCCAAGAAAAAGAAGCCGUCUUUGAGCAUGAGCAGUGCUGGACAAGGCCGAGCCAUGGGGGGAGGGUUUGGAGCCUUGCAUGGAGGUCUGGGUCCCUCUAACCACAGGAAGAAAAACAAACAUCCCACAAUCCCAACAGCCAGCAUCUAUGACGACGUGAACUAGUGAGCACUGAUUUGGCGGUGAGAUGUACACCUGUAAAGAAACAUGCGAAUGCAAUCAUACUGUGCUGGAAGAUCAAAUGGCAACUGUUUUCACCUGGAUGUACCUGAUGCCUGACACGGCCCAGCACUGUCUGACCCCGUGCGUUGGGGAAACCCAAGUGAAGCGACGUGUCUGGUGUGCAUAGUGGGACCUAAACAGCUGCCCAUAUGCACCAUAUGCGGAUAUGAAAUGACCUAAACCAGUCUGCAGUUAUAUAAGUACUCGUACAGUGAGUCUGAACAUUCCUUAAAUGUUUCUGUUGCUUUGUUAUAUUUCACAAAUGUGUGAUUGUGAGUUAUUAGCUUUUUUUUUCUUUCUUUCUUCUCUGAUUUCUUUCCCAAGCAGUGAUUUUAAAACAAGGCAACAUUUCGUUCCUUGUUCCAUGCACUUUGUUUUUUCUGAAAUAGGUUCCUGCUCUUUGUAAUCAGGAUUGGACAAUUUCUGAACAAUGAAUGUGACAUAUAUAUGUGUGUGCUUAUGAUUACGCUGUAAACUGUUAAAUAACAUUGUCAUUCUUCUGACCAGUCAAAUCAAUUUCUUGGCUUAGUUUCUACAAAUUAACCCACAGUCAUGGAGGUGGUCUGUAUGUAUUGGUUAUGGGAAUCCCAAAGCCUCCUAUUUGUGGCAUGGCAUUUGGCUGGAUAUUUCAGACAGCCACGGUACAAAAGCCGCAAGGUGCAGCCCUGUGAGGCCUUUGUGUAAGACUGGGCUUCUUCAGGGGUGCCAGUCCAGGAGCAGAUAUGCCCGUGGGCAGCCUGUGUGGCACACUGCCAUAGCACUCAUUGCCAGUCUCUGGAAAGCUGCUAAUCAUGUGUGAUGGUAUAUGUAUGUACAGGAUUUGCACACAUGGCUGACUUUGCCUGUAUGCGGGCAUGAGCAAGUCAUUUUGUGAUUUUACAUAUAGCAUUGUGUGAGCGCAUAAUAUAUAUGACUCUGCCACUGUAUGUGUAUUUGACUUGGAAUAUGUGAUUAUAUUUUUGUAUAACUGGUAUGAAUUUGUGUGUGCUUGGAACUUCCCUGUAUCUUCAGACCUUUUUGUUGUAUAGCUACCUGUGUGGUGGGUAACAAAGCAGGCAGGUGGUACCAAAAAAAAGACUUGAAUCAUGGAUGGCUGCUUUCUGCGAAAUAAUGAAAAGAGCCACAGACUGCAUUACCUGGGCCUUAAUAUGACAUACUGCUUGUGAAUGAAGUGUCAGUAUUAAAACACUUGUAUGAACACCUGUGUGAAUUACUGGAAUUUUGAUGUUUAUUUGCCACCAAAUGAAAAUGAAUAGAUUCCAAAUAAAAAAUUUUAGUAGUGCUACCCACA